CCUUGAAGCACAUUUGGCAGCGCUACAUUGCCUAUGGAUUGCAAUCUCGAUGCAGAGAACCAGGAACUUCACAUUGGAGGGAAGGACGGGGAGUGUGAGCUUUACAUUGCCAGAGACUUGGAGACCUGUGAAGAUCCUUGGGUCUGGAUCAUAUGCCACAGUCGCUGCUUUUGAGGCACAUGGCAAGAAACUUGCGGUGAAGAAGGUGCGAAGAAUAUUUGAUCAUCCUUUGCUGGCGCUGCGGACUUUGAGGGAGGUCAAACUUUUGGCACAUUUUCAGCAUCCCAAUAUCCUUCGUUUGCAAUGUCUUUGGCUGGAUGGGACGGAUUUCAAGGAUGCCUACUUGUGCCUGGAGAGGAUGGAUGGUGACCUCCACACGCUAAUAUAUGGAAACCAGAGCUAUUUGACCGAUAUUCAGGUCCAGCAGGUGCUUUACUCUGUGAUGAGGGGUUUACUUUGCUUGAGAUUUGCAUGCGUCAUACAUCGGGAUUUGAAGCCUGGAAAUAUACUGGUCGGUCACACCGGAGAGGUCAAGAUCGCGGAUUUAGGCCUCGCCCGAGGUAUCGACUCAGAUGAGGAUGCUCAUGAUCAGAUCAUGCUGACAGAAUACGUAGUGACGCGCUAUUAUCGUGCUCCCGAGGUGGUUCUUACAGCAUCUAGGUACACAUAUGCAGUGGACAUGUGGUCUGCAGGGUGCAUCCUUGGAGAGAUGCUGACUCGAAGGCCGGUCUUUGAAGGCAGAGACUCUUUGCACCAGGUGAAGAUAAUUAUAUCUGUGCUUGGGUGCCAGGAACCAGAGGAUUUGGCGUGGCUUCCAGCCCGUGGUACAGCUCGUGUCUUUGUGGACAAUUGUAUUCAGGAGAUGCGCAAUAAGUGUGUGCCAGCCACAAACCAGGCACAGUACCGAGUGAUGCUUGGCAGGGAAAAACACCGUCAUUCGGGGCAUGAGAGCGAUGGACUUCUUGGCUUGGUAUAAACGAGUUGCUAGUCAACCCAUGUUAUCUCCAAAAAAUGCAGAUACAAAAACACAAAUAUUG